CGUAAGAGAGAAAUAAAUAAAAAGGAUUCAUGUUCAGAUCUUCUUCUAUGAGCAUACCAUGAUUCUCUCGCUAUGCGUUGGCUUCCGCAAAUCUCGUUCUCGUCUCCUUCUUCUUCUCCAUCUUCUUCUCUAAAACCCGUGGCUUCUUACUCUGAAUCUGCAGAUCCAGAUCGUAAUCAGGAUCGGGAUCGAUUUCAUCGCCGCUUGUUUCGUUUUAACCGCGGUAGGCUCACCCGCCAGAGGAAGCUUCGUCACUUGACGGAUGACGAUGUUUUGUUGGGAGAACGUCGCGCUUCUACGUCUUCCUCCACCUUCGAUUCCGGUUUAACUCGCUCUCCCAGCGCUUUCACCGCCGUUCCUCGCUCUCCUUCUGCCGUUCCCUUACCGUUACCUCUCCCGUUACCGGAGGUCGCCGGGAAUCGUAAUGCCGGAAACGGUAGAGGAUUGGAUGAGAGAGAUCGAGAUCCCGAGAGAGUUAUUGCUGACCGCACCUCUUCUGGUCCUCCUCUCACCAGCGUCAAUGGCGGCUUUGCCCGUGACUCGAGGAAAGCUACAGAGAAUUCGUCAUAUCAAGAUUUUAGUCCGAGAAACAGAAAUGGUUAUUGGGUGAACAUUCCAACCAUGAGUGCACCAACGAGUCCGUACAUGAGUCCUGUGCCUAGUCCACAAAGGAAGAGUACUGGACAAGAUUUGCCUUUUUUUUAUUUGCCUCCUAAAAGCAAUCAAGCUUGGUCAGCUCCAGAUAUGCCACUUGAUACCUCUGGACUUCCUCCUCCUGCAUUUUACGACAUCACUGCGUUUAGUACCGAUAAUUCUCCCAUCCAUAGUCCACAACCUCGGAGUCCACGCAGACAGAUCAGAAGCCCACAACCGAGCAGACCAUCUUCACCGUUGCAUUCCAUUCUAUCCCCUGAUAGCUCAGCUCCACCACGGGAUAGUGUUUCCUCACCCUUGCAUCCGAGGUUGUCUACUGAUGUUACGAAUGGGCGACGUGAUAGCUGCAAUGUUCAUCCUUUGCCUCUCCCUCCUGGAGCUGCUUGUCCCUCUUCCUCAGCUGCUUCUGUUCCGUGCCCGCAGGCUCCACUCAAACUGGAUUCAUUCCCGAUGAAUUCCCAGUGGAAGAAAGGGAAGCUAAUAGGUCGGGGUACUUUUGGAAGUGUUUACGUUGCAAGCAACAGUGAAACUGGAGCAUUGUGUGCGAUGAAAGAAGUUGAGCUAUUUCCUGAUGACCCGAAAUCCGCAGAGUGUAUAAAGCAAUUAGAGCAGGAGAUCAAACUUCUAAGUAACCUUCAACAUCCAAACAUUGUGCAGUAUUUUGGUAGUGAGACAGUAGAAGAUCGUUUCUUUAUAUACCUGGAGUAUGUUCACCCGGGUUCAAUAAACAAAUAUAUCCGUGAUCAUUGCGGUACCAUGACAGAAUCUGUUGUUCGCAAUUUUACUCGUCACAUUUUGUCUGGGCUGGCUUAUUUGCACAAUAAAAAGACAGUCCAUAGGGAUAUCAAAGGUGCUAAUCUCCUUGUUGAUGCUUCUGGGGUUGUCAAACUUGCUGACUUCGGCAUGGCUAAACACCUUACCGGGCAAAGAGCUGAUCUCUCGUUAAAGGGAAGCCCGUACUGGAUGGCACCAGAGCUCAUGCAAGCUGUGAUGCAAAAAGAUAGCAACCCAGAUCUGGCUUUUGCUGUUGAUAUAUGGAGUUUAGGAUGUACAAUCAUUGAGAUGUUCACUGGGAAGCCUCCUUGGAGUGAGUUUGAAGGGGCUGCAGCUAUGUUCAAGGUCAUGAGAGAUAGCCCACCGAUACCUGAAUCAAUGUCACCUGAGGGUAAGGACUUUCUGAGAUUAUGCUUCCAGAGAAACCCAGCUGAGCGACCAACCGCAUCUAUGUUGCUAGAACAUCGGUUCCUAAAGAACUCUCUGCAACCAACUUCACCAAGCAACAGCGAUGUCUCAAAUUUCACUCAGUUAUUUAACGGGAUGAACAUAACGGAACCAAGCGGUAGAAGAGAGAAGCCAAAUUUCAAACUAGACCAGGUCCCGCGAGCUAGAAACGUGACAUCCUCAGAGAGUGAAAGUGGGCAGCAGCAGCAGCAACAACAGUACCGGUCUCCCGAUCUAACAGGAACCACCGUGAACCGUCUGUCUCCUCGAUCCACUCUCGAGGCAAUUCCAAGCCCGUCUCCUUCCCAACGACCUAAACCCAGCAGCACUGACAGGAGAAGAACCGGCGUCUCUUCAGACCACCUUUGAUUUGCAGCUUGAGAGGUUAACCACUAGAAGCUACUUGUAUACGUAUUCUUGUACACGUAAGUGUAUGUCAAUGUACGUAUUUAGAGUUUGGCGUCGUGAAUUGGGAUGAAUGAAAAUCAUGUGGGUGG